AUGAGUAAUAAUACAAUUGUAUUAAGAAAAGUUCCCCCGUUUAUGAACAAGCUCGAGGAUAUAUAUAACACAUGCUAUGGGGGGUUAAACAAAAUAGAAAAAUGCCAAUUUGGGAAGCCAGUAUCAAGAAGAAUAAAUGGGGAAAAAUUAGAUAUGUAUCAAUUGUAUAUAAUACAUUAUCAGGUAUGUAAUAAAGAAAAAUUGUAUAAAAUAUCUUAUGUUCAAGAGAAUAUGAAUAUAAGUAAUAGUUUUUUUGAUAAAGAAUAUAAAAUGUAUAUGUCUGAUGAUGGGGAAAUAGGAUGCUUAUUUAAUAAUAAUGAUAAUAAAUUAUCGAUAAACUUAUUUACAAAUGACGGAAAUAAAGGAUCUUUUUUUUUUACAUCUAUAAAUAAUGUAUCUGUAAAUGAUAUACAUAAAAAAUUUUUUAUGUAUGAAUCAUUUUGCUCAUUUAAUUCUAAUAACACUUUAUUAUUAUAUAGUGCUGAAAGUGAAGAUAUGAAAUUAAAAAAAGAAAACACUACAUUUCAAAAGUCAGAGUUAGAUGCAUUAAAAAAGUUAAAUACUGGGGUGUAUACAGAAACAUUUGGAGAGCAAUACAAUUAUUCUUUUUUUUAUUUAUAUCUAUAUAACUUAAUAGAUAAUACUGUUAAAUACAUCACUGUAAAAGAUAUCACAAGCUGUUUUUAUAAUCCUAAAUUUAUCGAUGAAACAUCUUUUGUUUGCUUAUCUUAUAGAACUGUACCAUAUAGAUUAGGCAUAUAUGCCUUUAACAUCAGACACAAUGAUUUAUUAUUAUGCACACUUAACGAUCCCGAACUUGAUAUCACAAUAGAUGGAGACAGCACUGAUAUAAAGGAUCCUGAUGCAAUUGGUAAUAGCGGGAAGAGCAAGAGAAAUAAUGUACGGUGUGCAUAUAUAAAAUUGUCGUGUAAAAGUUUUAAACAUACUGCUUCACCAAUUAUUAUAAAAGAUAAAGAUCAAAUAUAUGUUGCAUGUUUAGUCAUUUUUAAUAAAAGUGACGAAGGUAAACAACACAUUAGUGAAUACAAUUUAGUAUUAAUUAAAUUAGAAAAAGACGAAACAAGAAAAAAUAAAAACAAAAAAACUAAUAAAGAUGUUCCUAUGGAAGAAGAAAAAUCUUUAAUACAUUACGAAAAUGCUGAUGACAUUUAUUAUGAGCAUAACAAUAUUAGCGGUUUAAAGGCAGAAGAAGACCGCACUGAUAACAUCCAUGUGAACAAUAAUAACACCAAUGACAAAAUCAAUGAUGAUGUAUGCAAUUAUAAAAAAACAGAAACAUAUAUAUUAGUUAAAGAAGGUGAAUAUACACCAUAUUUUAGAGGUAUAUAUACUAACGAGAUUAAAGGAUAUUACUAUCCAUAUAUUUUUUUAAAUACUAUUUUAUAUUGUAAUAAAAUAAUUAUUGCUGUUCAUAUGUUUUCAAAAAAAAUAUAUCGCGUACUUAUAAAUGAUAUAUAUAAUGAAAAUGAUUCAAGCACAAGCAUUGAAAUAUUGUGUAUGAAAGAAAAUAAUUUAUUAAUUAGUAUAAGAAAUAUGUUACUAAACGAUAUAUUAAUGUAUUGCAUAUUUAAUGAACAGCAUAUUAAAGGGGAUUUUAUUUAUCUUACAAAUUUAAAAAGCUAUAAUAUAGAUUUCUCAACAUAUAGCAAUAUAGAAAAAAAAAGUGAUUUUAUUUAUUCAAACAUUAAUGAUAACUCUAAAAAUUUAUUUAAAAUAUUAAGUGAAAUCGAAACUUCAGUUUUUGAAAAUAAGCAUCCUUAUAUUAGAAGAAAGAAACCAAACUAUAAUUUGCUUUAUCAAAGUGAGCAAGAAUAUUUAAAUGAUAUUAAAGAUAAAGGUGUAUCAUUAUCGAAUUUUAAUUUAUUUAAUAAAAAUAAUUUAAGAAAUUUAAUUCUAUAUAUCCAUGGAGGGCCAUAUGCUUUAACCUAUAACGAAUAUAGAAAUAUAUAUAUUUUUUUUGCAGCAUGCGGUUUUGAUGUUUUGUGUGUUAAUUAUAUAGGAUCACUAACCUAUACGGAUAAGCCAAAUAUAUUAAAUGGGUUUGUAAAUAGUAUUGAAAUUAAUGACAUAAUGGCAGUCUUGCAAAGUUUUUCUAAAAAUUUUGGAGAUUAUGAAAAUAUUUAUUUAUAUGGUGGUUCUUAUGGUGGAUUUGCUGCAUGCUCUUUAUUAACAAAAUCAAAUAUUUUUAAAAGUGGAUGUAUUAUUAAUGGAGUAUAUGAAUGGAUAUUAUCCGCAUACUCAAGUGAUUCACCCGAUUAUUUUGUAAAUAUGACAACAAAUAAAAAUGCAGAAUAUGAUUGCGUUUUUGAUAAGCAUGAUUAUGCAAUGAUAUAUGAAAUGUCACCUAUUAAUUAUGCUCAAAAUAUCAAAGCUCCUGUUUUAAUUAUUUGCUCAACAAAUGAUAAGCGGGUUACUCAUAAUAACGGUAUAGCUUUAUAUAAUAGAUUAAGAGCAUUAAAAAAAAAAACAAAAUUAUUUUUAUUUGAAGGGGCAAAUCAUUCCAUUGAUAACUAUCAUUAUGAUGAAACGAUGCUUAUGAAUGUAAUUUUGUGGUUUUAUGAUUACGACACUAAGAAGAAAAAGUAA